CGCACACCUGCUGCUGCCGCUUUGCCGCGAUGAUCCGGGUGGUCUCACUGCUCCUGGGUGCAGCGCUCCUCUGCAGCCACGGAGCCUUCUGCCGCCGGGUGGUCAGCGGCCAAAAGGUGUGCUUUGCUGACUCAAASCAUCCUUGCUACAAAAUGGCCUACUUCCAUGAACUGUCCAGCCGAGUGAGCUUUCAGGAGGCACGCCAGGCUUGUGAGAGUGAGGGAGGCAUGCUCCUCAGCCUUGAGAAUGAAGCAGAACAGAAGUUAAUAGAGAGCAUGCUGCAAAACCUGACAAAACCUGGGACAGGCAUUUCUGAUGGUGACUUCUGGAUAGGGCUUUGGAGAAAUGGAGAUGGACAAACAUCUGGUGCCUGCCCAGAUCUCUACCAGUGGUCUGAUGGAAGCAGUUCCCAGUACCGAAACUGGUACACUGAUGAACCUUCCUGUGGAAGUGAAAAGUGUGUUGUGAUGUAUCAUCAACCAACUGCCAAUCCUGGCCUUGGAGGUCCUUACCUUUACCAAUGGAAUGAUGACAGGUGUAACAUGAAGCACAAUUAUAUCUGCAAGUAUGAACCAGAGAUUAAUCCAACAGAACCUGUAGAAAAGCCUUAUCUUACAAACCAACCAGGAGACACCCAUCAAAAUGUGGUUGUUACUGAAGCAGGCAUAAUUCCUAAUCUAAUUUAUGUUAUUAUACCAACGAUACCACUGCUUUUACUGAUAUUGGUUGCUUUUGGAACCUGCUGUUUCCAGAUGCUACAUAAAAGUAAAGGAAGAACAAAAACUAGCCCUAAUCAGUCUACUUUGUGGAUUUCAAAGAGUACCAGAAAGGAAAGUGGCAUGGAAGUAUAAUAAUAUCUUGACUUGCCUCCAGAAAACAAAAUUGUUUUAUAAUUCUGGAUCAGCAUAAGGAAUGGCAUCAGAACAUUAKCUUGGAAUGGCUUGAAAUCUCAAAGGAUCUGCAAGAUGAACUGUAAGCUCCCCCUUGAGGCAAAUAUUCAAAGAACUUUUAUAUGUUUAUUAUUUCAUUUAUAAAAUAUGCUGUGCUAAUAAUGGAGUGAGACAUGCUUAUUUUGCUAAAGGAUGCACCCAAACUUCAAGUAAAUGGAAUGGACCAUGCAGAUAAAAUUGCUAUCAACACAUCAAGAGUAUGUGUGUUGGAAGCAGUUAUUUUUAUUUUCUUUCACCUUUCAUAGGUUGUAAUCUAGUUAGAGUAAAGUAAAUUGUAUUGAAAUUUACAGUGUGCAAAAAUAUUUUACCUUUGCAUAAGUGUUUGAUAAAAAUGGACUGUUCUAAUAUUUAUUUUUAUGGCAUUUCAUUUUUCAAUACAUGCUGUUUUGAUUAAAGAAGUCUAUCACUGUUGUUAACUAAAUUCACACAUACUCACACACACAAAUAUACUACCAUGGGGGUAAAAAAUUCUUUUCUAGAAAUUAAUCAUCUUCAUUUGGUUUUUCUGCUUUUGGUUGGACAAUGUUUAGGAAAUAUCUUCAGAAAGAAGCUGUUUCAUUAACUGUGGUAUAAAUCUCCUGAAACACUUUACCUAGAGGCAAGCAUUGUCUAUUUCAAUUGUGUAAGACAUGUGCCUUACAAUAAUUUUUAGUUUAAAAUUCAACAGAUUUUGUAAUAGAAUAACUUUACUAAUAGCUAUAUAAACAGUAAUGCAGUCAGUAGUGAACAAAAGAAGCGACAUACACAGUAUAAAUCAUAUGUCUUCACAUGUUGCCUAUAUAAUURCAAGUAGCUCUCUGAGGGUUCUGGAAUCAAUAUGGUCCUUCCCUUCCCCACCAAACAAAGGUGGUUGUUUGGGGUUUGGGAUUGACUCUGGAGGCAGAURGCUGCAGCAUUUGCCCUGGCUGAAUUUAGCCUAAGUAUAUGAAGAGGUCUUAGAGUUGGGACCAGGUGAAUGGUCGCCAUCAAUAUGGAGCUAAGCACAGCACAUCAAGUUUUCAGGAUGGGAAAAGUACUACAAAUUAGGUGAAUGAGUGUCACAUUGGUAGGAAGUUAUUAGUGUCUGAAUAUUCAUUGAAGAGGGUUUGUUUGCGCUAGUAAACAGUGGCUCCUUUCUGUCUUCUAAUUUCUUCGAUGCUUAUUACUUGUUCUUCUCAAGAUAGAGUUGUAACUAUUUGGUCUUCAGAUGUCCCUGUGCUCCUUUUAACCAAAUAAAGAGUCCUUGUUUCUGAA